AUGGCAAAAGGAUUGGGAUUGGGAUGCACAUAUGGAAUCGCAUGCAUGUCAUGGGCUCUUGUGUUUUGGUAUGCGGGUGUAUUUAUUAUGAAUGGGCAGACAGAUGGUGGAAAAGCAUUUACAACAAUGUUCUCCGCCAUUGUUGGUGGCAUGAGUUUGGGUCAGUUGUUUUUGAAUCUUGGAGCAUUCAGCAGAGGGAAAGUUGUUGGAUAUAAAUUAUUGGAAAUUAUUAAGCAAAAACCAACUGUAGUUCAAGACUCUACAGAUGGGAAAUGUAUGACCGAG